AUGCUCCGGGAGCUUCGAGGCUCUCGGGGCGGGCCUUGGGCAGGUGGGGGCGGGCAGAGCCUCGGCUUUUGGCAGCAUCACAACAGGCAGAGGCAGCGGCAGGAGCCGGCGGCUGCUGCGGAGGAUGCGAACUUUGCGCUGGCUGCUGCUGCCGCUGGUGAGUGCGAACCGCUGGGGCGGGGGGAGCGCACAUCUGGAGCCCGGCCACAGCUGGAUGGCUCCGCAGCUGCCCCACUGCAGCCGGGGUGGGGGAAAGUCCGCAGGAGCUGGGUUACAGGAAUCCACCCAGAAUGCAAAAUUUUCCAGCAGGUGGUCAAAGAGGAGGCUCUGUGCUCAGAACACAACGAAUCAGCCUCACCUGAUCUUAAAGGAUGUGCCAGAGAUUGGGAUGGUUUAACCUGCUGGCCCAGAGCCACUUUUGGGGAAGUGGUUAGAAUUCCCUGCCCACGAUUUUUUGAAGAAUUCACCAGUACACAUGGUUUCCUUCAGAGGAACUGCACACAGGAGGAAUAUUGGUCAGAGCCAUUCCCACCAUACACCAUUGCCUGUGGCUUUGAUGAAGGUUCCAGUAAAGAACCUGAGGAUCAGAAAUCCUAUUAUUCUGCAUUUUGGCGUGUCUACACCGCUGGCUAUGCAGCAUCCGUGACUUCGCUCAUUACAGCUCUAAUUGUCUUUGCUGCCUUCAGAAAAUUCCACUGCACACGGAAUUACAUCCACAUGCACCUGUUUGUCUCCUUUAUCUUGAGAGCAGUUGCUGUUUUCACCAAAGAUGCUGUUUUGUUUGCAGAUGAAACUAUGGACCACUGCCUCAUGUCCACGGUUGCUUGUAAGGCUGCUGUGGCCUUCUUCCAGUUCAGUAUUUUAGCCAAUUUCUUCUGGCUUCUCAUUGAAGGGAUCUACCUGCAAACCCUGCUGCUGCUGACCUUUGUUUCCAACAAGAAGUUUGUGUGGUGGUUCAUAUUUACUGGCUGGGGAGCUCCCACUGCUGUGAUGUUUGCUUGGGUCCUCACACGAAUCCAUCAACAGAACACUGGAUGUUGGGAUGAUGAUGAAAAUGGAGUGGUGUUAUGGAUCAUCAAAGGCCCCAUCCUGCUAACUGUAUUAAUUAACUUUAUUAUAUUCAUUAAUGUGAUCAGGAUUCUAGUCCAUAAAUUGAAAUCCCAGGAGGGAGGAGGGAGCCAUUCAAGCCACUUUGUGAGACUUGCAAAGUCCACGUUACUGUUGAUCCCCCUCUUUGGGGUGCACUACAUUGUGUUUGCAUUUUUCCCUGAGAGCACUGGGCUGGAGGCUCGGCUUUACAUCGAGCUGGGCCUGGGCUCAUUUCAGGGUUUUGUUGUUGCUCUCCUAUAUUGCUUCUCAAAUGCAGAGGUUCAAACUGAGCUGAAGAAGCAGCUGUGCAAGUGGCAGCACCAGGAGUACCUGACCUUCAGCCACAAGCACGGGGCUUUGUCCAGAGAAACCAGCCCAGUCAACUACGUCACCCAGCUCUCCCUGCUGGACAAAAUCAGCCCCAAGAGGAGAACCUCUGUGCUCCAGGAUGGUGUCACCACUGUCUGAGGGGCUCCAGCAGGACCAGUUGCUGGGACUCUGCAAUGUUCCACCCACGAGGUGGCCAAACUGGGUCCUUUGUGGCUUUCCAUAGUGUCAGGAGCUCUUGCUGCUAACAAUGAAGGGAUGGGACUAUUUUUUGGGCUAAAAAUGACUUACUACUCAGAUAAACAGCAGCCUCAGAGAUUUUAGAGGAGCAAACAGUUGUCCAUAGCUCAAAGUAGUCACAAGU